AUGAUGGGAUUUGAGAGCCAAAGCUACGAAGAAGCCCAUCUCUAUGCAUCCAGAGAAGAAAUGGAAUCCCUAGUCCUCACCGACUCAUCCAACGGUUCAAAAUCGUUCUCAGAUCCCCUAUCCUCAUCUCUACGGUUCGCCGAAUUAUCCACCGACGAUAAUCCUCCACUCUCCUCGCCAUCGUCACUCAUACGCCCCGAAACACCCAGCCAAAACCCUAGCUUCUCCUCCUCCUCCUCCGUUUUCAAUUCUAUCCUCGAGCCACCUUCCUAUGCCGACGCCGUCUUCAAAUCCUUCGAUAACGACCACAUCACCAAAAUUAACGGCCACGAUAGCUCGGAAACCUCUCCACGGUCGUCAUCUUCAUCGCCGUCAUCGGAAUAUAUAAAAAUUUCGGUCUCCGAUCCGCAAAGAGAACAGGAGCUAGCAAAUUCGCUUGUUCCAGGUGGAAGUACUUACAUUACUUAUUUAAUUACUACGCGGACUAGUUUUCCUGAAUUUAACGGAUCUGAAUUUAGUGUUCGGAGACGAUUCAAAGAAGUUGUGAUCUUAUCGGACCGUUUAUCGGAAUCGUAUAGAGGAUAUUUUAUUCCGAUGAGGCCUGAUAAAAAUGUAGUGGAGUCUCAAGUGAUGCAGAAAAAUGAAUUUGUGGAGCAGAGGAGAGUGCAAUUGGAGAAAUAUUUGAGGAGACUCUGUGCUCAUCCGGUGAUUAGGAGGAGUGAUGAGUUGAGAGUGUUCUUGACUGUUCAGGGUAAUUUGCCGUUGGCUCGGAGUACGGAUGUGGCUUCGAGGAUGUUGGAUGGAGCGGUGAAGUUGCCGAGGCAGUUGUUGGGAGGAGAGAGCGUGGCGGUGGUGGACAUGAAUGAGGUGCUGCAGCCGGCAAAAGGAGGGAGGGAUUUGCUGAGGAUAUUCAAGGAGUUGAAGCAGUCGGUGACGAAUGAUUGGGGCGGAACAAAGCCGCCGGUGGUGGAGGAAGAUAAGGAGUUUUUGGAGAGGAAAGAGAAGUUGUUGGAGUUUGAGCAGCAUCUCAGCAAUGUGUCUCAGCAGGCUGAAUCACUUGUCAAAGCGCAGCAAGAUAUUGGAGAGACACUGGGGCAAUUGGGUUUGUCUUUUGUCAAACUAACCAAGUUUGAGACAGAGGAAGCGGUCCACAACUCUCAGAGAGUGAGGGCUGCAGACAUGAAAAACAUGGCAACUGCUGCUGUGAAAGCAAGCAGAUUGUUUCGGGAGUUAAAUGCACAAACAGUCAAACAUUUGGAUAAGCUCCAUGAGUAUCUUGGGAUUAUGUUGGCUGUUAACAAUGCUUUUUCAGACCGAACAAGUGCUCUGUUGACUGUACAGACUAUUUCUUCCGAACUUUCUUCCUUGAAUUCAAAGCUUGAAAAGCUUGAAACUACUCCCUCUAAAAUAUUUGGAGGAGACAGGUCUAGAAUUCGAAAGAUAGAAGAGUUGAAAGAGACUGUGAGAGUUACUGAAGAUGCUAAAAGUUGUGCAGGUCGAGAAUAUGAACGGAUCAAGGUGACAUCUUUAGUCUUGGUAUUUAAUAGAUUGCUGGAAAAUGUGGCCAUCUAGUGUACUACGUCUUUCCUUUUGAAUGUUCAUUUAGUUGAUCAAUAGCAACAUUCCAUAUAAAAUUUUAGUUUCUCAGAUGGGUGAUGGUCUGCAAUUUAUGGCAUGAGCCAAGAGUUGAUAUUGAUCAAUUGUUCUUGCAUAUGUUUCUUAAACUUAAGAAAAGCUUAUUGAUUGAAAGGGAAAAAUGUUUCUUUCUGACAUGGACAAACAAAAAAAGCAUGAAAGAUUACCUAUAAUACAUGCGACUUAGCAAGUAUGGAAACACCACCCAAAUUGGACUAGUAUACUAUAAUAUUGAACCAUUU